GCGCAUCGAUGUCACAGUUUCGCGCUCACUUUAGGUUCUCAACUUACCGCGUGUUUUACAGGUUUUCCUGCCUUGGACAAUGUUACUUCCUCUGGCAACUCGGAAUAGUAUAUUUGAGAAAAUCAUUCAAGAUGGUGUGUUAACGGCAAGGAACGAUACCCGUCCAUGCUACACUCAUCCGACAAUCAACGUUCUAAAUCUUUAUGUCAUCAAGACAAUGCGAUCAUUAAAAUCUCGAGGAUAUGUUCGUGAACAGUACGCUUGGAGAACAUACUAUUGGUUCCUUACAGCUGAUGGGAUCAAUUAUUUGCGUGAGGUCUUGCACUUACCUUCUGAUAUUAUUCCAGCUACUCUAAAAGCUCCACCCCGGGAUAUUCGAACACCGGCUGUAGGAAUGGAUCAGGGUGGACAGCGUGGUCCGUCUGAUGGUCGUGUCGCGUUUAGAAGAGGACCGGUCACUCCUGGAAUGACUGGCUUCGGUACUCCUGGUAAAGAUGCAGCCAUUGGUGAUAGCGAGGUUCAUUUCCAUGGAGGUUAUGGUAGAGGUCGAUCUAUGUAAAUAUAUCUUAAUAUAUUGAUGCUGGAAUCA